AUGGAGAAACAAGCAGCAGCAGCACCGAGAAUGAUCUUGAAAUUUCUACCAAAAGUUGUUUCUGCAGUCAACUUCCAUAACCUUACAGUUGGCCCAGGUCGAGAUAAGAUAUCAGAAAACGCACACAAGCACAAAGCCAUUGCGGGCAAAGGAGUUAAUCCUGUCAGGUCGUUAAUCCCAGUUGAAGUUAGAAGACAGCCCAAGAAUGAGAGCUUUGAGACCCAAGAAGAUCCCACCUCACCAAAGGUCUCAUGUAUAGGUCAAGUCAAGCACAAGAAGAAGAUGAACAAAGCCACUUCCAAGCGCGUUCCAUGGCUCCCUCAAGAAACAAAGCCUGUGUCACAGUAUCCACAUAAGAUAAAGAAGCAUGCGUCUAAACUUAUGAGACUCUUUACUGGAUCAAAAGCAGGGAGGAAAUCUAUUGUUUCUGGUGGAGAUAAGCCAACACUUCCUGAUAAAACACCUUCGUUAAGUCAAAUGAAAAGGUUUGCAAGUGGUCGUGAUACUUUGGCUGGUUUUGACUGGACCGCUCAUCAGAUCGCACCUGUGGAAUCUGAUAGCAGGGAUUAUUAUUCUGAUGAAGAGAGGGUAGAUCGUUUAGAAGAAGAGGAACAUGAAGAGGUUAUCAUUCCUUUCUCGGCACCUAUAAUGGUAGGUGGAGGAAUAGAUUUGCUACCAAGGAAAGAAAUUAACCUCUGGAAGAAAAGAACCAUAAAUCCACCUAACCCUCUUCAAUUGAGAUCCAAUAUGGUUAGAGGAAAUUAA